AUGAACCUUGAAAAGAAGAGCACACCCCCGCCAGAUACACACAUUUAUCCCAAGGCGUCGUACGACAAGAAAGGCAUCUUUUAUAUGAACCGCAUUGCUCCCGCGACAUCAGAGCUGUAUGUUGCCAAUGCUGAUGGUAGCGGUGAACGCCCUCUUCUCUCCAACCCCAUCUACGAAUACCAUGCCACCUUUUCCCCCGAUGGAGAAUGGAUCACUUUCACCGGAGAACGGAAUGGUGAUGGCAAUUCGGAUAUCUACCGCGUCCGAACAGACGGGUCUGACCUUGAGGAGUUGGUAGCAACAUCCUCCGUGGAAGAUGGAGUCGUUAUGUCUCCGAAUGGAAAGAAAAUCGCCUAUGUGUCCACUGCUAAUGGCUAUAAGGCCAACAUCUGGGUCAUGGAUCUGGAGAGUGGUGAGAAAUGGAACCUCACAGAUACCGCGUCGACCGCAGCCGAUGAUUCUCUUCCUAAUGGCUACUUCCGCCCUUCGUGGUCUCCCGAUGGCCAAUGGAUUGCUUUCUCGUCGGACCGGAACUCGGGCUGGUACGGACACGGAGACCCAAUCUUCCAAGGUGUGACCGGCUGGGAACAUACACAGGAGCUCUCUAUCUAUGCGAUCCGCCCCGAUGGUUCUGAUUUCCGCCCCGUCGUGUCAAAGCCGGGUUAUUGCCUCGGUUCGCCCAAGUGGUCACCUAACGGUGAGCGUAUUCUCUUCUACGAGAUCACACGCGAGCAUACCUGGAGCGCUCACCGUCCUGAGUCAGUUAACUCAGUUAACUCUACCCUUGUCUCGGUGGAGUUUGCCACAGGCGCUGACCGCCGUGUGGAAGCCGAAGGAGCGGGCGUGAAGAGCUUCCCCCAAUACAUUUCUGACAACACCAUCGCCUACUUCGCUAAGGGUUCCGGCACCGAAGGACUCCACACCACUGCCGGUGGAUUUGUGAACACCUCUACCGAAAUGAUCCGCUCUCCCGCCUGGUCUACAGAUGGCAAAAAGGUCGUAUAUGAGAAGACCGGCUGGACUGUCCGUCCUAUGGACAAGAAGCUGUAUAGCUGGGAUUCCGAGUGGGAAUACCGCUUUACGGACGUAUUCCCACAGCUAUCUAACACCAACAAGAUCGCCCUGACUGAGAAACAGCUUGGGAACUCUUCCAUUGUUUCCUUCAACGCUAACGGAACCAACGAACGCCUCAUCUACAACGUCAUGGAAUCCAGCUUCAUUGAUGCAAAGUCAGUCGCUAUGGGUACCGCAGGCGCCUUCAACCCGACCUGGUCACCGGAUGGCAAAUGGGUAACCUUCGGAGUAGGCUUCUGGUUCCAAGGCCGAGCAACUGGGGGCGGCUGGCUGGUACGAUCUACUGCCAAUGGCACGUACUCCGAAGUCCUGACCGAGAGCCAAGCAACUCUUGCUAGCAACAGCACCGCGAUCAACUCCGGCUUUCCCAGCUUCUCGCAUGACGGCAAGAAGAUUGUCUUCCGUGUGUGGGGAACAAACUCGACUCUGGGUGAUAGGUCCCAGCUUGGACUCCGUCUUCUGGAUCUGGAAACUCGAAAGAUCUCCGUCUUGAGUAACGAGUGGGAUAACCUGCCUUCCUUCUCCCCAGACGGAAAGAGAAUUGUCUUCACCCGCAAGACCAACGACUACAACUACGAUAUCUGCACUAUGCGUGCUGACGGAACUGAUGUGAAGGUUCUCACUAGUAGUGGGGCCAAUGAUGCCCAUGCAGUCUGGACUUGGGAUGGUCGCAUUGCUUUCUCUUCUGGCAUGUUUGGCUUCCAGUAUGAGUGUGCUCUCUAUGACCAGACUUUCCAGCCUUACGGUCAGAUCGUUGUCAUGGAUGUCGAUGGCUCGAACAAGCGUGUGAUGACUGAUUCUAUCUGGGAGGAUUCGAUGCCUCUCUAUGUGCCGAAUAGUGCCCUCAAGGGUAACGACAAGGUUCACAAAUAG